GGCAAAGAGAGAGCGCGAACGUCCGGCGGCCACCCAGUCUCGGGGGGAGCGCUCAGCUCCCCCACCCCCGGCUCCCACCCUGUCCGGGGGGCUCCUCCAGCCCUCAUCCCCACCCCUGCGCUCCCCCAUGGAAGCCAGCUGCGCCCCGGGAGGAGCCGGAGGAGUCGGCUAAAUGCCCGCCGUGCGCUCCGGGCCCCUGAGCCCAGCCCGCUCGGCGCCGCUGCCCUGAGGCCCCCGCGCCCUCCACCCCGGGCCGCGCCGCCUCCGCCCGCCCCGGACCUGCCCCCCGCCCGCUUGCCAGCGCUCAGGCAGGAGCUCUGGGCUGGGCGCGCCGCCGCCCUGGAGUGAGGCGAGCCCAGCCGAAGGGGGUCCCCCGAGCCGGCCGCGAUGGACGCCGUCUUGGAGCCCUUCCCGGCCGACAGGCUGUUCCCCGGAUCCAGCUUCCUGGACUUGGGGGAUCUGAACGAGUCGGAUUUCCUCAACAAUGCGCACUUUCCUGAGCACCUGGACCACUUUGCGGAGAACAUGGAGGACUUCUCCAAUGACCUGUUCAGCAGUUUCUUUGAUGACCCUGUGCUGGAUGAGAAGAGCCCUCUACUGGACAUGGAACUGGACUCCCCCACCCCGGGCAUCCAGGCUGAGCACAGCUACUCCCUGAGCGGGGACUCGGCGCCUCAGAGCCCCCUCGUGCCCAUCAAGACGGAGGACACCACCCAAGACAUGGAGCAUGGAGCGUGGGCCCUGGGACACACACUGUGCUCCGUCAUGGUGAAGCAGGAGCAGAGUCCGGAGCUGCCCAUGGACCCUCUGGCUGCCACCUCAGCCAUGGCCGCCGCUGCCGCCAUGGUCACCACCCCGCUGCUGGGCCUCAGCCCCCUGUCCAGGCUGCCCAUCCCCCACCAGGCCCCGGAAGAGAUGACACAGCUGCCGGUGAUCAAAGCAGAGCCCCAGGAGGUGAACCAGUUCCUCAAAGUGUCACCAGAGGACCUGGUGCAGAUGCCUCCGACGCCUCCCAGCAGCCAUGGCAGCGACAGCGACGGCUCCCAGAGUCCCCACUCUCUGCCCCCCUCCAGCCCUGCCCGGCCCAUGGCCCGCUCCUCCACGGCCAUCUCCACCUCUCCCCUCCUCACUGCCCCCCACAAAUUACAGGGGACAUCGGGGCCACUGCUUCUGACAGAGGAGGAGAAGCGUACCCUGAUUGCUGAGGGCUAUCCCAUCCCCACCAAACUUCCCCUCACCAAAGCCGAGGAGAAGGCCCUGAAGAGGGUCCGGAGAAAAAUCAAGAAUAAGAUCUCGGCCCAGGAGAGCCGCCGUAAGAAGAAGGAGUACGUGGAAUGUCUAGAAAAGAAGGUGGAGACAUUUACGUCAGAGAACAAUGAGCUGUGGAAGAAGGUGGAGACCCUGGAGAAUGCCAACAGGACCCUGCUCCAGCAGCUGCAAAAACUCCAGAGCCUGGUGACAAACAAGAUCUCCAGGCCUUACAAGAUGGCCGCCACCCAGACCGGGACCUGCCUCAUGGUGGCGGCAUUGUGCUUCGUUCUGGUGCUGGGCUCCCUGGUGCCCUGCCUCCCCGAGUUCUCCUCCAGCUCCCACACUGUGAAGGAAGACCCCGUGCCCACUGACAGCGUCUACACGGCCAGUCAGAUGCCCUCCCGAAGCCUCCUGUUCUACGAUGAGGGGACGGGCUCGUGGGAGGAUAGCCCCAGCGCCCUGCUGCCCGUGGAGCCCCCAGAUGGCUGGGAAAUCAAGCCAGGGGGGCCAGCGGAGCAGCGGCCCCAGGACCACCUGAAGCACGACCAUCUGGACAGCAGCCACGAGACCACCAAGUACCUGAGUAAGGCCUGGCCAGAGGACGUCGGCAGAAACGGCACCGGCCCCGACUUCUCCCAUCCCAAGGAGUGGUUCCACGAGAGGGAGCUGGGCCCCAACACCACCAUCAAACUCUCCUAGCCCGUGCCAAGACCCAGGACCCAGGAUGUACCCCCCGGCACCCAGAAGAAGGGAUGUCUUGCUCACCAACCCGGAUCCGGCUCACACCCCUGCCCCCUGGGGGGUUACAAUCCCAGGCCAAGGGGAUCCACUUCUCCCCAGCUCUUCGCCCCAUUCUUGGCUGGGGCCUCUCUUGUCACCUCAACAUUUGGACCGCUCCCUUGGGCCGGCCACUCCGCUCUCACUCCUCCCCCCCAUAGCCAUCCGUCCUUCUCAGAUCAGCCUCUCACUGGGCCACCCGUCCUCCUUUCUCACAAUGACCAACACAACCACUGCCUCCCUGCCCCCAUUCACAAGCCAGCAUACACACUGAGACACACACACACACACACACACACACACACACACACACGCCCCUCACCCCACCUCCCACUGUACAGAGACCAAGAACAGAAAUUGUUUGUAAAUAAUGAACCUUAUUUUUUAUUAUUCCCCAUCCCCUAAGAUAUUGUAUUUUACAAGUCUCCCUCCUUCCUUCUCCCCUCCCUUGUUUUAUAUUUUAUGAAUUUAGUGCGGGCUUUGCUGUUCCCUGGCCUCCCCCCUGCCACUGCCCAAGCCGCUGGGCCUUUUUAAUUGCCAAACUGCUCCAACUAUCAGCUCAGCACAUGCUUUAAGAAAGCAAAAUCAAAAAAAAAAAAAAA